AUGGAAAUGUUAUUAUCGACAUCCCCUAAUUUUAAAUCUUCCUCAGCUGAUAAAGAAUCAGUUAUCAUUCCCCUAACAGUGGUAUUAAAGAUUUUCACAAAAAAAAUAGAGGAUCGGUGUAUUGAAGUUUCUAAAAAUAAAAAAUAUUUUCCACGUGAUUUGGUUAAUAACGCGAAAUCAGCUUGUGAUAGAUACAACUUUUUAGUUCAUAGUGAUGUUAAAAAUACUCAAGGAAUUUGUGGAAUUACUGGUCAUUGGAUGACCGUUAAUUAUGAAGAAUGGAAGAAUGAAUUAGAAGAAAUACGAAAAAAAGAGAUUGAAGAGAAUGCUGUAAAAAUCUCGCAAAAUAAAACAUCAAGAAAAAAACAAAAUAAAUUGUUACAAGGACCAUUAGAAAGUAAAGUUCAAAAACCCGUACACCCUAAGAGAAAAGCUGAACAAGAAGCGCGACAUGAGGAGAUCAAGGAGCAACAAGAUAACAAAAUAUCCUGGGCUGACGAGGCUGAGAUGGCGUUUGAUGAUGUUGGACCACAACAAGCCUCAAACUUGGAUCCUAGCUCGAAGGAUAUUGAACCUGUGAAUGCAAAUAGUAUUAUGCAAAGUUUUGAGAAUCUUUAUGUUGAUAACAAGCGUGACGUACGUGCGCAGCUGAAUCAAAUACUGGCUGACCACAAGAUUGUGUUGGACAUCGACAACAUUGGUGAUAAGCAAUCUGAUGACCCUAUUGGUAACCUGGGCAUUGGAGGUGAUGAAUCAAAAAAGAACAUGACAACUGAUAAAGAAAUGGGAGAGAUGGAUGACGAAGAGGAUACUCGAACACUUGACGAAGAUGAUGAAGAUAUUGGAACACCCGACGCAGAGCAUGCAGAGAUAAGUGAUGAUGACGAAGAAGAUCUUCGAACUCCAGAUGCUGCGUUUCUAGAGACAAGUGACAAAGAGAGUCGAACACCUGACACUGGGUUUAUUUCACAAAAGAUGCCAAAAAUGUUGGAAAAAUCAGAAAACGAUAGAACUAUGUCACCAGUACAAUCUCAAAACGCUCAUAAUGAGGCCAAAGAAAAAUCAGAAAACUAUAGAAUUAUGUCACCAGUACAAUCUCAAGACGCUCAUAACGAGGCCAGAGGAAAGUCAGAAAACGAUCUAACUAUGUCACCAGUACAAUCCCCAGACGCUUAUCAUGAGACCGGAAAAUAUUUACGAGAAUACUCUAAGAUUAUUUAUAAAGCACUUCUAGCUGAACUUGACUCACGGCACUUUUUAUAUGAAACAGAUAAGGAGCCACGUGUGUCCGAUGGUCUAAACUGGAAAGAAAAGAGUGGUCAAAAGAGACGAAAGUUUAAAAAUAAAUUGUUGAGGCAUUCCAUCAAUAUUAAAGACGGAGGAUUAGCCGUUCGAAGAAAUAACGUCAAGAGGAUGCAGAAGGUUAUUAAUUCUUGGGAAGAGGUUAUAUGUGAUGUUGUAACAUUCACCAAUAUGUGA